AUGGAGUCGACGAGAAGGAUUUCGAGUCAGGUCGAAGGGCAAAGUGGGGAGGGUAGUCGUGGCAAGAUGAGUCGACGCGAGCAGAACGUGGUCAACUGGGACAAAGACUCCCACAGGCCUAUGUUCUACACUUCUACUGUAAUACUGUUCUAUGGUUUUACCGUUCUCUGGCUCUACAGUUCUGCGGUUCCACGGUUUUACAGUUUUAGGUUCCACAGUUCUACAGUUCUACAGUUCUACAGUUCUACAGUUCUACAGUUCUACAGUUCUACAGUUCUACAGUUCUACGGGUCUACGGGUCUACAUGUCUGCAAGUCUCCAGGUCUGGUGAGGCGGGGUGCCAAGGCGGAUCCAAUGAUGCGCCUGGCACGUCUCUACAAAAAUAGACACAAAAUGUGCGUACACCCAACGAAUCUGGUGUUUCUGGCGUCUCCGCGGCUCAGGCGCCGGUCCGAGAAUGCCACUUGGGCCGACAGACGACGGUCACCGACCCGAAAACCGGCCAAUCGAGAGUGCUCUCGCCAGGCCCCCGAGCUCCUGGGCCCCCGAACUGAUGGCCCAGUGGCACGACGGCUAGCUCGGAUCGACGAUCGCGUGUUCGCUCGACUCUGA